AUGGCCUCAACUCACCUCCCCCCCCCAAAAGUCCCACCCCAAGGCGGACCACUAACCGCUCUGCGCGGCACAGACACCUGCCAGAACAACUUCGAGCAGGGCAUCGCCCUGUCCCUGCACCUCUGGCCCGUCCUCACCUUCGCCGUCGAGAACAGCCUGGGCGGCAGCGACGCCGCGGGCAAGCGCGAUUGGUUCGCCGGCUGCGUCUCGGAGCUCUUCCCGGCCAUCGGCUCCGCCAUGGCAACCAGCACCACCACCACCCCGCAGCAGCAGAGGCAGGCCCACGAGGACCUGCUCUGCGACGUCGAGUCGCGCCUGCUGCAGGUCAUGGACGACGAGUUCGAGACGGUCGUCGACGACGGCAGCGCCUACGACGUCGCCGAGCAGAUCCUCGUCCUGUGGCGCGAGUGCUCCCGCGGCGUCUUCAAGGAGGUCGAGGCGCUGCGCCAGCGGUGGGAGGGCAAGAAGGGCGCCAAGGUGACGGGCCUGUUCAAAGAGGCACAAGGGGGCGACCAGGACACGGACUGGGACACCGAGGACGACGACGAGGACGACGACGAUGAAGAGGGCAGCAGCGACGUGGACAUGGACGGGGCGCCGGCGCUGGUCUCGGCGCCCAAGGAGAAAGCGCCGCCAGAGGUCGACGAGGACGGGUUCAUGAAGGUCACGCGGAAGAAGAGGUGA